CCGGCGGGCGGCCCGUCUGCGCGGCCCGGGCGGGCCUGCGGUCGGGGAUGAGGACCGCGCCUCCGCGCCGACCUGGGAGCUCCUCGGAGGGCGCCAGCGCGGCGGGCGGAGCGGGCCCCCGGAGCGGGAGCCAAGACAUCCUCGUUCCUCAGGAAGCCGUGCGGCUACCAGCUGGGGGCCCGACAACACAGGCUCCACUCGGGACCAUGAGGACACGCUUCUCCAGGGCCCCCCACGGAGUGAGGAUGCCCACCCAGUCUACUCCCUGCAGCCCUGCUUGGACCACUGCACCCUUCUAGCACCCAGACAGAGGGGCCAUGCCCGGGGAGCAGCGCCACAGAGCCCCACCCCCAGCCAUGACCAGGGACCUGCCGCCCUGCCAAGUAGCCAGCGGCACAGGAGGCCCCUCCCAGCCUCUCUGCGAGGACAGUGCCCCAGCCAGCAGGACCGCCAAGACCACAGGCAGCCGGGCCCAGGCCGCGGAAACCCCUGAGCCCCAGCCACAGCAGCCCAAGGCUCCUCCCCUGAGAACGCAUCCCCGCAGCAGCCCCCCGGCCCCAGCACGGAGGAGCCUCGCACAGGCCCGCAUGCGGAGGGCCAGCAGGGCGGACGGCAGCCCGCCCCAGCAGCUCUUUGGUCUGGGCAUCUCCGGCUCACGGGCCAGACCCACCCUGGACAAGAACCCUGAGGGCCCACAGCACAAGGCCCCUGGGCCCCCAGAGGCGGAAACCCCAGCUACCCCAGAAGAGCUCAGCUGCCAAAGGUGCUUCCAGGAGACCCCCACCAACUUCACCUCCACCAACUAUACCUCACCGAGCACCACCCCCAGGCCCCAGCCCCACAGAGCUCCGCAGAACAGCGGGGCUAGCCCCUGCCAUCCAGCCUCCUACUCGGAAUUCCAGACUGGCAGGGCCGACUUCUGGCCUCCCACUGCUGAGAACAACUUUCCAGGUGCUAGUUUUGGGGUCCUCCCCACUGAGCCGGAGCCCUUCCCUGAAGACAGCAGCCCCAGGGGGGCCUCCUUUCAGUACCGCUUCCCAGCUCUGCACGGUGCUGGCCUGAAAGCGUUCCCUGAGGACACUGCCGGGCCCAAGUAUGCAGAGCGGGCGCUGGCGUUCACCUUCCCCCAGCCUCGCGGAGCGUGGCCGGAGGAGGUGGUGGGCGCAGACACAGCCUAUCCCGUGCCCACCCGGCCUGCUGCUCCACCCCAACCCUGCUACCCAGGCCGGCCCAGUGGCCCCGCGCCCCCCGCUGACCUCACCCAUGCUCCCCAUCCCCCUGGUGCUGCCCCCUCAGCCCCCAGCCCCUUCUCUGAGAGGCCCCCUUCGGCCCAUGAUGGACUGGGGAGCCCCAGGGGGCCCCCAAGCUCUCUGCCUCAGAGGCACUUACCCCAGCAGGCAUACGGAAGCCCUGGAGCCAGUGGGGUGGGCACUAGCGCAGGGUCUCCGGACACAGAGCUGGCCACCCCAGGGCCCCUGCCUGCCAGACUGCCCCAGCUGUGGGACCCAGCUGCAGCCCCUUACCCCACGCCUCCCCUGGGCCCCCCAGCCGCCACCAGGAGUGCGUUCUUUGAGGGCCAGCCCAGCCCAGGCCAGCGGCGUGGCCUCCCCCACAGUCCCCCACUCCCCUGGCCCCAGGCACUCCCUGCCACGGGGCCCAGUCCCCAUCGAAUGGAGAUGCUGAGCCAGCCGCCUCUCCCCUCUGGGGCCCCGGAGUGGCAGGGGGUCAGCCAGGGAGGCCUGGGUGCUGCUGGCAAGACUCCUGGGCAUGGGGAGAAGCUGACAGUCCUGAGAAAGAGCCCAGGCCAGCCCGGCGGUGGCUCCCCCGGACUGUUCCCCUACAACGGACUGAAGGACCCUGGAGCCCAGUCCCUGUUCUUUGGGGUGGCCCAGCCCCAGGUCUCACCCCGGGGCACCCCCGGCCUGCCCCCUCCCAGGGUGGUGGGGGCCUCGCCCAGUGAGUCCCCGCUGCCCUCACCUGUAACCAACACUGCGGGCAGCAGCUCCUGCUCGUCACUGUCACCGCUGUCCAGCAGCCCGGCCAACCCCAGCUCGGAGGAGAGCCAGCUCCCUGGCCCACUGGGGACCCCCAUCUUCUUCCACGCACCCCCGCCCCCGCAGGAGAGCUGCAGCCCCUUCCCGUCCCCUGAGCCCUCGCACACCAUCCCCAUUUGCUGCCAACAAGAGCCGAACAAGGCCUUCCCUUUUCCUGCAGAUGAGCUGGGGGCUAAGGGCGCCUUCCCAGGCCUCGGGGAGGCCCCGUUCCCCAGCACAGGCCCUGAGUUGGGCAGCGGGGGGCUGGAGGGCUUCCCCCAGGAGCCACCCCCCUACUCUGCACACCACUUCCCCCUGAGCAGCGCCAGCCUGGACCAGCUGGACGUGCUGCUCACCUGCAGGCAGUGUGACCGCAACUACAGCAGCCUGGCCACUUUCCUGCAGCACAGGCAGUUCUGUGGCCUGCUCCUGGCUGGGGCCAGGGAUGGUGCUCAGCAGCCCCCGGGGCUCCCCGUGCCCCCAGCUACCCACCCCGUGCCGGCCACCCCCACAGCACCAGCCAGCGCGGACCCGAGCCUGCUCAGCCUCGCCAAGGGGACCCCCUUCCUGCUGGGUGGGGAUGUCCCCACUGAGGGCAGAGACGACCCCCUGAGGGCAAGUCUCCUGCCCAGCCUGGCCGCCACCCCCUUCCCACUGCCUGCCUCUGACCUGGACCUGGAGGACGAUGCCAAGCUGGACAGCCUCAUCACGGAGGCGCUCAACGGCCUGGGGUACCAGUCAGACAGCCCUGAGAUCGACAGCAGCUUCAUCGACGUCUUCACCGACGAGGAGCCUUCUGGCCCCAGAGGUCCCAGCACCGGGCAGCCCUCCAAAACCAGGGCGGGGGCAGCACCAGAGAACAAAGCCCACCCCCCACUCCCACCCAUGGCAGCCCCACCAAGGCCCCAGGCCCCCCGCCCUGGGGAUGGCCACGACCCCACCCACAGCAGGCCCAAAACCCGCUCCCUGGGUCCAGCAUCUGUGGGGCCAGAUGGGGCCGGCCUGGCCAUCCAGCAGAGGAGAGGGAAGCGGUUUAAGGUGUUGCAGAAAGAGCUGGGCGCAGCCAAUGGCGUCAAGAGGCCGGGCAGGGGUGCCAGAGCUGCCCGCCUAAGGCCCAGGAGGAAAGCAGGCAGGGCUGAGGCGCCCCCGUCCUGCCCCCAGGACCUCGGAACCCAGGUGCCCAAGAGCCCAGCAGAUCCCCACGGAAGAGCACUCCCAGUGGAGACCAGGAGUGCCAAGCGCCUCCGGCUGUGCCCCAGGAAGGACUCCCGGAGGCGGCGGGCUCGGGGCACCUGGAGCAAGGAGCUUAUCCACAAGAUCGUACAGCAGAAGAACAAGCGCCUCCAGGACCAGGGACCCAGCGCUGCAGACGCCCGGCGCCAGGACUGUGCCUCCGAGUCUGAGGACGAGGGUGGCGCGCGGCCCCGGGGCUCCCGCUGCAGAGGCCAGCCUCGCCUCGGCUGCCGGAGGCCGCGCAGCACCAAGGGCAGGGAAGCGGCUCUGACCCCGGGGCCCAGGGAGAGGAGACCCGAGCGCCUCCUGCCGGUUCCCACCAGCGCCAGGACCCCAGAUAACCAUCCAGUAUUGGACUUCCUCCCAGAGACCAGGAACCCUGAAACUGCUGAGGAGCCCCCGCCUGGCACCACAGAACUACUCAGAGAGGAUUCCAGCCCUUCUCCAGCCACCCGUGUGGGAGGAAGCCCCUGCCCUCCCAGCCCGGAGCAGCUGCAGCCCGGAAGAGAGGGCGCCGUGCCGCCUCACAGGGGCUCACCAGCACCGUGUGCAGGCAGUCACCUGGGAGCCCCCCAGUACAUGGAGCCCCCCACCUCCCAGAACAAAGAGGAGAUCCCUGCACACCCACCGGGAAAGCUGCCAGUGCCCGUCGCUGACGCUGCUGAUGCUGCCAGCCCCAAACCCAACGUCCUGUUUCUGAAGCCUCCUGAUCUUGGUUGUGACCCUGCUCUUCUUAAUGGACACUCCACGGGGGUUUCAGCUGCCAAGAGGGGAUCCCAACCCUACAGACACUCCCCCAGUGAAGUGUUUCUUGUACCCAAAGACCUGGUUGGCUGUCUACACAAAGACCCGUGCUCUAAGCCCUUCGUUCCCGACACUCUGCCAGCCAGCAGUGCACACCUUUGCCAGGACGGUGUGGAUGCCAGUUCUCCGGAGCCAAAACUGCCCAGGAACCUGCCCUGCACAAUCGACUCAGACCCAGGAAGAGCCGAAUCGCCACUGUCCUUAGAGACCACACCCCUCUUCUCGGGGCUGCCCAUGGACAGGUUCAACCCACCCAUCUACAACAGCCCAUCUGGAGGCGGGGACACACAUUCAUCGUGUGUGCAUGCUGACCCUCCCCCAAGGAAGCCUGGGUCGGACCCACUAUUCCCUUUGUUUCUGCCUGAGAAGGGCUGGUCCCUCCUGGAGGAAGUGUCCUCAAUACUUCCCUGCCAUAUGGGCCAUUUUCCUGACCCCUCAGGGGAAAAGGCAUUCACUGAGACGUGCCCCGGUGGAGGCACUGCGACCUCCAGCACCCCCUCUUUGCCUGGCAAGGUCAGUGAAGGUAGCAUCCCUUUCAUGAGCAACCUGUCUGAGGAUGAAUUAGAGAUCAAAAGACUGGUCACCGAAUUAGAAAGUCAGCUGCGAAGUAAAGGUGCAAACGAGGCCUCGGGGUCGCUGUGCAGAGCUGGGCACACAGACAGGACGCACUUGGGCACAGCCGUCCCACCGCAUGUCCCCCAGGCUGCCUCGCCCCAGAAGGAUGCGUCCGCCACAGCCAGCCUCACCAGUCUCAGGGAAUUAAGUCUGCAUCUGAAAGAGGCGGACAAAGCCAUGGUCACCGCAGACAGGACCCCGGGGCACCCCCGGGAGGACUGGUCCUCAUCCCACCAAGGGGAAGGGGAAGCAGCCCUUCUCCCGCGUGCCUACACAGACAUGGUUCCUGGGGCCCCCUUUGACCCCACUGGGGCGAGCUUCAGUUUCCAGCCAGUGCAGAAAGCCAGAGUCUCUGGAAUGGAGCCCCCCGAGGCAGAAGGAGACUGUGGGGUCUGCCCGGAAGCCUGCGUGCCCGGCCCCAGGGAGCCACUCGAGCCCCCGUGGGACAUAGGGAGUUUAGCAAAGUGCAGCCCAAACCAUGAGCCUGUACUUCCUAAAAAUAACGUGGCUGCCAGAAUACAUCCCCGCACAGCCCGCAUGCGGCAGCCUCCCUGUCCUCGGGGCGGAGGGCUUUCCCCAGGAUCCUCCAAGGAGCCCGGGCCCUGCCAAGAUCCCCCUGAGCUGGAAGUGCUAGGCAGUGCUGCUGCCCACUUGGCACCUGACCUGGCAUUCCGGGGUGCCACCCCACCCUCUGGUGUCAGUCACAGCGACACCUCCAAGGGACACCCUGUGAGCAGAGCAGGCGGGCCAGAGAGAGCAGGAUUCCUCCACCCUGUGGCGGGGGGCGCUGACCCUGAGGGCAGUGAGGGUUUUGCACCCAUAGAGGCCUCCUCAAGUCCUGCCUGCACGCCCCUCGCCAGUCCUGGCAGGAGGCCCCCAGACCCAGGUGCGAGCCCCCUACAGCAGCUCCAGCUCCUGGUGGCCAGAGCAGCUGAGAGGGAAGAAGAUACCCGGGACUUACAGGGGCCCCCAGGUGACACCCAGAGCCCUCGGCACAGCAAACCCUCAGACUUGGAAGGGAAUGGUGUGAGAGGUGGGAACAGAGCCUGGGGCUGCCUGGGGGCUGUGCAGAUGGCAGCUGUCCCUGCCGAGACCAUACGGCAGCUGGGUCCAGAGGCAGAUGGACACCCUGGCUCACUGGGCCAGACAGAGAAGCCUGAUAAUAGGGAGGGUCCAGGGGUGCCAGGGGGCCUCACCGCAGUCCAUGCCAAGCCUGGAACUGCCCUGGCCAGGCUGGCCAGCGGGGAGGACCAGCCGCCGGAACUGCUCCAGGGAGGCAGGGUGGUCUCCAGCCCUCAGGAAGGAGCAUGCACCCCAAGCCCUAUCUCCUCUGAAGUGGAAUCUUUGGUCCCGGCUUGGGCAGCAGCUCGAGCCCAGAAUGGGCCUAAGGACUGGACCCCAGAGGCAGUGACCAACCCAGGCCUUGAGAAGCAUCUGCGGCUCACUGGGGAGAGCCCAGAACCUCCUUUCGGGGAGCUGGCUGGCCGAGCCCCUUCUCCCACUUCUGCAGCCAGCCCAGUUCCCCACAGCCUCCAGCACCUACCGGGGGAAGAUAAUCCCACAGCCCCUUCAGGUGAGCUGACAGCGCCGCUCCCAGCACCGCCACGCUGUAGGGACCCAACCAGCCUACAGCCUCUGCCAGCCCAUUCUCCUGCCCAGACACCUCCAAAAAAGAACAAUGGCACCCCAGCCCCCACAGAUGGUGAGGUUGGGAGACAUCCAGCAGCACCCCCAUCUUUGAGGACAAGCGCCUGUGGCCUUGAGGACAGCCUGGCCCGCCGCCCCCUCCUGAGGGACCACUGCCCCCUGGAAGACCCUCCCAAGGGACAGCUCAGCUUCCCCAGUGUCCUCACUGCCACCCACAGCAGGGACCACCCUGAAGGCCACCUGCAAAGAGCCCUGGAGGAUGCCAGAAAAGAGAGGCCAAGGGUAUCUCCUGCCCAUGACACCCUUCCACCCACAGGGAGGGCCGUCUCUGCAAAAGUGACCAUCAAGGCCGCUGCCCUGCCCUGCACCCCCGGCACAGAGGGCAUGGGGGCAGUCAGAGGGCCCAAGGCAGGGGGUCCAGGCCCCCACUACCAGGAAGCCCUACCCAACACCUGCCCCAAGAGGACGUCCGAGCACCCAUCCUCAGAACCCCCAGGCAACAGGGCAGACCAGGGUGUCAGCACUGUGCCCGCUGACCUGUCCACACUGCAGGGGGCUGCAGGGCCAGAUCCCCAUGUCUGCCAGCAAAGUGAGGCAGGGACCUGCUUCCCAGGUCAGGAAGACCUGGGGACACCUGGAGCCAGGCACCCCAGCUUCACAGAGGUGUCCGAAGCUGGCAUCAGGGCCCCAGUGGCCACCUGCCCCACCUCGGAGCUCCGACCGGACAGAGCCAUGUCUCUGAGCGGUGCGACCAGUGGCUCCAGACCCAGCUUUCCACAAGGCCUUGGCAAUGCUCUCCACCACACAACCCAGAGGGCCCCCCUCAGUCCCCAGGACCCCAGACAGGAGCCUCAUGGCUUUAAAAAGAAGCCUAUGGCCACAGAAAAUGGCCACUGGAAGGACCAAGCCACUAGCAGGCAGCCCGUGACCUGUGAGGUGUGCUCGGCUUCCUUCCACUCAGGGCCAGGCCUGAGCCACCACAGAGCCGGGCAGCACGGGCUGCACAAGGCUGCUGCCUCCCAGCCCAGCCCACUGGCCCCUCCCAUUCCCCAGGCCCAGGAGCCCCAAGCCCAGGUGUGCCGGCUCCCCAGGAAGAAAAGCCGCAGGGCGCCUCGGAAGGAGAAACCCAGGUCUGUGAUAAUCGGCCCCCACCACGCUAUGGGGCUGCCUCCCGUCCUCAGCUCCCCAGCUCCUGAGGACACCCCAGGUUCUGAGACAUGCACGGGGCUUACACAGGGUUUUGGCAUCCUGCAAACACCAGGAUAUCCCCCCAGCCAGGAACCACAGCCUCUGGGCCUGGCAGAACCAGGGGUGGACAUGAGGCCUGCAGAGUCCAGGAAACAGGGCCUGCUAGAGAGGGGCAAGCCCCAACCCCAACAGGCAGAGAGAGGCAGCCAGAGGCGGGGCAGAGCCCGCUGGGACUCCCCCAGGGAGUCAGAGGGGACAUCAAAUGACAGAGACAGAGAGAGAAAGCAGAGUGCCAGAGGGCUCUGGGACGAGAGCGAGCCUUGCGAUGUGAUUUCAGAUAGAAGUGGCUGGAAUCCGUCGACUGCAAUUGCCAAUUACCCGGCCCCGAUGAGCCGCUGCCCCUCACCAGAGGCAGAGCAGGAGACAGAUGUCCCACAGCUGCCUGGAGUGGCCCCACCGGGGCCGGAGAGGACAGAGGGCACAGCAGGCGUGGUCCCAGAGGCAAUGCUGGUACCAACGUCACCCAGGGAUUGGAUGGCCUGUCCAGGGAGGAAUGGGGGGCCACGCCCUGGGGAAGGGCCAGAAGUGCAGAAGCCUGCCUUGGCCAGGGGGUGCUGGGGGCCCACAGAGACCUUGACAGCGGGCGCCUGCAAAGAGGCAUCGCAGGCAGCCCAGGCUAAGCCUGAAGAGGACAGCAGAGUGGCUGAGAGUGGGUCAAGGCAGGGUAUUUGGGAGGAACCCCAGGCCCCCUCAGGCCCCCCAGGCCCUCCAGAGACUUGUGCUUCAGAAGCAGACGGUGCUGUCAACAGCUUCCCCCAGGAACCCCCGCGAACCCCAGAAGCCCAGGCCAGGAUCCAGGAGCAGGAGGACGCCACCCCCAGAGUCUCCAGCCUGGAUCUCGGAGACCCUCUGAGCUUGCUUGACGACGAGGCCUCUUUCUCCCGGCUCUUCCCGCUGAGCAACCGCUUUACCCGGGUCAAGAACCCCCGUGUCUACGGGAAGCGCUGUAAAAAGCCAAAGAGCCCACCGCAGCAGGAGCCCCUGGAGGAGGCUGGGGGCAGCACUGUGCUGGCCUCCAUCCGCCUGCCCACAGACCUCAGCGACUCGGGCUCGCUCUGCCUGUCCCACGAGGACCCGUGGGGGGACCAGGCCACAGAUCUGCCCGAGUCCUUCCUGCUGGAGGGCUUUCUCAGCAGCAAGGUGCCUGGCAUUGACCUCUGGGCCCCUGGCCCCAGCCUUUGGGCACUAGAGCCUGACCCGGGGUUAGACUGUGCCAAGGAGGUGCCCUCCCGAGCCUCAGACCCCCAGUCGGAGAACCUCCCGGAGCUGCACAUGGUCCCGGCAGCUUGGCGAGGCCUGGAGCUGCAGGCCCCCACCGCCGACAGCAGCUCUUCCCUCGGGGCUGCGAGCCCCGAGCCCCCCGACCUGCAGCGAGAGCACUACGAUGAAAGCCCCCCAGGGCGCACCGCGGAGCCCGAGAUGCUCAGCACCGAGCCUGACCCUCAAGGUCUGUGCUUGCUGGGACCCUGCGAAGACCCUGCGGGAGGCCCCGGCACGAGCUUCUUCGACCCCGGGGUCACAGGGGGCUCUCAGGGCCCCCAGAGCAGAAGGACAGAGGACAGGGCCAGGGCAGGCCGGGGUACAGGCCGGGCCCGGCACGCCAAGGCUGGAGGGGGGCCCUACAAGUGCAGGGCCUGCUUCCAGCGCUUCCGCGGCCCGGGAGAGCUGGACCUGCACAGGCUGGCCCACAGCCCCUCGCCGCCCCCCACCUGCUACAUGUGCGUGGAGCGCAGAUUCGGCUCGCGGGAGCUGCUGCGGGAGCACCUGCAGGAGAAGCACGCGCAGAGCAAGACGGGGCGCUGGGCCUGCGGCAUGUGCCUGAGGGAGGCCUUGGACGUGUGGGUGCACAACGAGCACCUUCGAGAGCACGCCCUGCGGUUCGCCCGCAGGGGCCAGGCACGGAGGCCCCUGGGGGGCCUGCCUGGGUGCUGGGAGGCGGACGGCAGGGGCACAGACUGCCUGGGCGGCCCCUCGGGGCGGGCGUCCACACCCCACAGGGGCAAGCUCUCGGAGGGCAGGGCCAACGCAGGCGCCACAGACGCGCCGCGGCAGGAGACGGGGGCGGGCAGAGCAGUCCCCAGCCAGAGGGCGAGGCCCAAGGCCCGGGGCUCAGACCGAGAUGGCGCCCGGAGCCCCGACGGUGCGCUGGCCCACGGCAGCCCUGCGGCCUGCGCCAGCCCCACGCCGCCGGGCAGCUCUGCCCCUCUCUCCGGCUCUGCCGAGACGCCCCCCGGCCCGGGUCCCGGGCCCCAGAUCGACGGCGAGACCCUGCUCCGAGCCGCGCGCGUGCACGGGGACUGCAGGGACCCCUCCCGCGACUGCCACCACUGCGGGAAGCGGUUCCCCAAGCCCUUCAAGCUGCAGCGCCACCUGGCGGUGCACAGCCCUCAGCGCGUCUACCUGUGCCCCCAGUGCCCGCGGGUGUACCCUGAGCACCAGGAGCUGCGCGCGCACCUGGCGGGGGCGCACGGGAGGCGCGAGGAGCGGGAGCUGCAGCACACGCCGCUGUACGCCUGCGAGCUCUGCGCCGACGUCACGCUCACCAGCCGGCGGUCCUUCGCCUGCAGCUCCUGCAACUACACGUUCGCCAAGAAGGCACAGUUCGACCGGCACAUGGACAAGCACCUGAGGAGGGGUCAGCAGCCCUUCUCGUUCCGCGGCGUGCGGAGGCCCGGCACCCCCGGGCAGAAGGCGCCGGCCCGAGAGGGCACGAUGCCCAGCAAGCGGCGCAGGGUGGCCGUGCCCAGCAGUGCCACAGAGCCCAGCAUGAACAGGCCCCCGGCCCCAGGCAGCGAGGGAUCCCCCUCAUCCCAGCUGCAGCCCUGCCUGGAGGCAGCUCCCAGGACCCCAGAGAGGCCGGUAGGUCCUGUGGGCCACCCAGUCUCAGGGGGCAGUCCGCCCUCUGACCUCCCGGACCUCCUGCCCCCGUCUCUGUCUCCUUUCCCCGCAGCCUUGGCUGAUGACAAAGAUGUCCAGAAGCCGGACAGGAACACCCUGGAGGGCUCCGAGGGUGAGGCUUCCCCGGGCAGACCUGGGCCUCUUCUCCAACAGAUUCUCCCACUCGGGGGGUCCCUGCCCCGGCCAGGGGCCAGACACCAGGAUGAAGAGGAAAGAAGGGCUGCUGGCCCAUUCUCAGGGAAACGCAGGACCCCAAGUGCCCGUGGCCAUACCCCAGAAGCCCCCUCCCCGCUGCGGAAGGAGAAGCAGGUACCCACGUGCCACAUGGCACCUGAGGCGGGCAAGGGGGGCCCCUCCCACAAGGGCAGUGCUACCAAGCCAGGGGGGUGCCAGAGUUCAUCAAAGGACAGGUCAGCCUUGUCCACCCCCAGCAAAGCACCCAAGUUCCCUGUGCAACCAAAGAAGGCUGUGGCCAGCCCCACUGCUAGAGAGCUAGCCCACGGCAUCGAGGACAGGCCAAAGCCCACCACCCCCAGAGCCAAGCCGGGCCCCAGCUCCCAUGGCGGUGGAGGCCCCCUGCACAGCACCAAGACAGCAGGUGGCAGCCACCCUGGGCCAGCCGGCGGGCAGCUGCAAAGCGAGACAGCCACCACCCCAGCCAAGCCCACCUGCCCAGGCCGGGGCUCUGCCCCAGCCAGGGGCCACCCCAAGGGGCCAAGGAAUGCCGGUGGCCAGGGGCCCCGAGGAAGCCUAGGCCCCCAGGAUGAUGGAGAGGUCAGUCAGAAGAAGAAAAAGGNGGGCCAUUUUCCUGACCCCUCAGGGGAAAAGGCAUUCACUGAGACGUGCCCCGGUGGAGGCACUGCGACCUCCAGCACCCCCUCUUUGCCUGGCAAGGUCAGUGAAGGUAGCAUCCCUUUCAUGAGCAACCUGUCUGAGGAUGAAUUAGAGAUCAAAAGACUGGUCACCGAAUUAGAAAGUCAGCUGCGAAGUAAAGGUGCAAACGAGGCCUCGGGGUCGCUGUGCAGAGCUGGGCACACAGACAGGACGCACUUGGGCACAGCCGUCCCACCGCAUGUCCCCCAGGCUGCCUCGCCCCAGAAGGAUGCGUCCGCCACAGCCAGCCUCACCAGUCUCAGGGAAUUAAGUCUGCAUCUGAAAGAGGCGGACAAAGCCAUGGUCACCGCAGACAGGACCCCGGGGCACCCCCGGGAGGACUGGUCCUCAUCCCACCAAGGGGAAGGGGAAGCAGCCCUUCUCCCGCGUGCCUACACAGACAUGGUUCCUGGGGCCCCCUUUGACCCCACUGGGGCGAGCUUCAGUUUCCAGCCAGUGCAGAAAGCCAGAGUCUCUGGAAUGGAGCCCCCCGAGGCAGAAGGAGACUGUGGGGUCUGCCCGGAAGCCUGCGUGCCCGGCCCCAGGGAGCCACUCGAGCCCCCGUGGGACAUAGGGAGUUUAGCAAAGUGCAGCCCAAACCAUGAGCCUGUACUUCCUAAAAAUAACGUGGCUGCCAGAAUACAUCCCCGCACAGCCCGCAUGCGGCAGCCUCCCUGUCCUCGGGGCGGAGGGCUUUCCCCAGGAUCCUCCAAGGAGCCCGGGCCCUGCCAAGAUCCCCCUGAGCUGGAAGUGCUAGGCAGUGCUGCUGCCCACUUGGCACCUGACCUGGCAUUCCGGGGUGCCACCCCACCCUCUGGUGUCAGUCACAGCGACACCUCCAAGGGACACCCUGUGAGCAGAGCAGGCGGGCCAGAGAGAGCAGGAUUCCUCCACCCUGUGGCGGGGGGCGCUGACCCUGAGGGCAGUGAGGGUUUUGCACCCAUAGAGGCCUCCUCAAGUCCUGCCUGCACGCCCCUCGCCAGUCCUGGCAGGAGGCCCCCAGACCCAGGUGCGAGCCCCCUACAGCAGCUCCAGCUCCUGGUGGCCAGAGCAGCUGAGAGGGAAGAAGAUACCCGGGACUUACAGGGGCCCCCAGGUGACACCCAGAGCCCUCGGCACAGCAAACCCUCAGACUUGGAAGGGAAUGGUGUGAGAGGUGGGAACAGAGCCUGGGGCUGCCUGGGGGCUGUGCAGAUGGCAGCUGUCCCUGCCGAGACCAUACGGCAGCUGGGUCCAGAGGCAGAUGGACACCCUGGCUCACUGGGCCAGACAGAGAAGCCUGAUAAUAGGGAGGGUCCAGGGGUGCCAGGGGGCCUCACCGCAGUCCAUGCCAAGCCUGGAACUGCCCUGGCCAGGCUGGCCAGCGGGGAGGACCAGCCGCCGGAACUGCUCCAGGGAGGCAGGGUGGUCUCCAGCCCUCAGGAAGGAGCAUGCACCCCAAGCCCUAUCUCCUCUGAAGUGGAAUCUUUGGUCCCGGCUUGGGCAGCAGCUCGAGCCCAGAAUGGGCCUAAGGACUGGACCCCAGAGGCAGUGACCAACCCAGGCCUUGAGAAGCAUCUGCGGCUCACUGGGGAGAGCCCAGAACCUCCUUUCGGGGAGCUGGCUGGCCGAGCCCCUUCUCCCACUUCUGCAGCCAGCCCAGUUCCCCACAGCCUCCAGCACCUACCGGGGGAAGAUAAUCCCACAGCCCCUUCAGGUGAGCUGACAGCGCCGCUCCCAGCACCGCCACGCUGUAGGGACCCAACCAGCCUACAGCCUCUGCCAGCCCAUUCUCCUGCCCAGACACCUCCAAAAAAGAACAAUGGCACCCCAGCCCCCACAGAUGGUGAGGUUGGGAGACAUCCAGCAGCACCCCCAUCUUUGAGGACAAGCGCCUGUGGCCUUGAGGACAGCCUGGCCCGCCGCCCCCUCCUGAGGGACCACUGCCCCCUGGAAGACCCUCCCAAGGGACAGCUCAGCUUCCCCAGUGUCCUCACUGCCACCCACAGCAGGGACCACCCUGAAGGCCACCUGCAAAGAGCCCUGGAGGAUGCCAGAAAAGAGAGGCCAAGGGUAUCUCCUGCCCAUGACACCCUUCCACCCACAGGGAGGGCCGUCUCUGCAAAAGUGACCAUCAAGGCCGCUGCCCUGCCCUGCACCCCCGGCACAGAGGGCAUGGGGGCAGUCAGAGGGCCCAAGGCAGGGGGUCCAGGCCCCCACUACCAGGAAGCCCUACCCAACACCUGCCCCAAGAGGACGUCCGAGCACCCAUCCUCAGAACCCCCAGGCAACAGGGCAGACCAGGGUGUCAGCACUGUGCCCGCUGACCUGUCCACACUGCAGGGGGCUGCAGGGCCAGAUCCCCAUGUCUGCCAGCAAAGUGAGGCAGGGACCUGCUUCCCAGGUCAGGAAGACCUGGGGACACCUGGAGCCAGGCACCCCAGCUUCACAGAGGUGUCCGAAGCUGGCAUCAGGGCCCCAGUGGCCACCUGCCCCACCUCGGAGCUCCGACCGGACAGAGCCAUGUCUCUGAGCGGUGCGACCAGUGGCUCCAGACCCAGCUUUCCACAAGGCCUUGGCAAUGCUCUCCACCACACAACCCAGAGGGCCCCCCUCAGUCCCCAGGACCCCAGACAGGAGCCUCAUGGCUUUAAAAAGAAGCCUAUGGCCACAGAAAAUGGCCACUGGAAGGACCAAGCCACUAGCAGGCAGCCCGUGACCUGUGAGGUGUGCUCGGCUUCCUUCCACUCAGGGCCAGGCCUGAGCCACCACAGAGCCGGGCAGCACGGGCUGCACAAGGCUGCUGCCUCCCAGCCCAGCCCACUGGCCCCUCCCAUUCCCCAGGCCCAGGAGCCCCAAGCCCAGGUGUGCCGGCUCCCCAGGAAGAAAAGCCGCAGGGCGCCUCGGAAGGAGAAACCCAGGUCUGUGAUAAUCGGCCCCCACCACGCUAUGGGGCUGCCUCCCGUCCUCAGCUCCCCAGCUCCUGAGGACACCCCAGGUUCUGAGACAUGCACGGGGCUUACACAGGGUUUUGGCAUCCUGCAAACACCAGGAUAUCCCCCCAGCCAGGAACCACAGCCUCUGGGCCUGGCAGAACCAGGGGUGGACAUGAGGCCUGCAGAGUCCAGGAAACAGGGCCUGCUAGAGAGGGGCAAGCCCCAACCCCAACAGGCAGAGAGAGGCAGCCAGAGGCGGGGCAGAGCCCGCUGGGACUCCCCCAGGGAGUCAGAGGGGACAUCAAAUGACAGAGACAGAGAGAGAAAGCAGAGUGCCAGAGGGCUCUGGGACGAGAGCGAGCCUUGCGAUGUGAUUUCAGAUAGAAGUGGCUGGAAUCCGUCGACUGCAAUUGCCAAUUACCCGGCCCCGAUGAGCCGCUGCCCCUCACCAGAGGCAGAGCAGGAGACAGAUGUCCCACAGCUGCCUGGAGUGGCCCCACCGGGGCCGGAGAGGACAGAGGGCACAGCAGGCGUGGUCCCAGAGGCAAUGCUGGUACCAACGUCACCCAGGGAUUGGAUGGCCUGUCCAGGGAGGAAUGGGGGGCCACGCCCUGGGGAAGGGCCAGAAGUGCAGAAGCCUGCCUUGGCCAGGGGGUGCUGGGGGCCCACAGAGACCUUGACAGCGGGCGCCUGCAAAGAGGCAUCGCAGGCAGCCCAGGCUAAGCCUGAAGAGGACAGCAGAGUGGCUGAGAGUGGGUCAAGGCAGGGUAUUUGGGAGGAACCCCAGGCCCCCUCAGGCCCCCCAGGCCCUCCAGAGACUUGUGCUUCAGAAGCAGACGGUGCUGUCAACAGCUUCCCCCAGGAACCCCCGCGAACCCCAGAAGCCCAGGCCAGGAUCCAGGAGCAGGAGGACGCCACCCCCAGAGUCUCCAGCCUGGAUCUCGGAGACCCUCUGAGCUUGCUUGACGACGAGGCCUCUUUCUCCCGGCUCUUCCCGCUGAGCAACCGCUUUACCCGGGUCAAGAACCCCCGUGUCUACGGGAAGCGCUGUAAAAAGCCAAAGAGCCCACCGCAGCAGGAGCCCCUGGAGGAGGCUGGGGGCAGCACUGUGCUGGCCUCCAUCCGCCUGCCCACAGACCUCAGCGACUCGGGCUCGCUCUGCCUGUCCCACGAGGACCCGUGGGGGGACCAGGCCACAGAUCUGCCCGAGUCCUUCCUGCUGGAGGGCUUUCUCAGCAGCAAGGUGCCUGGCAUUGACCUCUGGGCCCCUGGCCCCAGCCUUUGGGCACUAGAGCCUGACCCGGGGUUAGACUGUGCCAAGGAGGUGCCCUCCCGAGCCUCAGACCCCCAGUCGGAGAACCUCCCGGAGCUGCACAUGGUCCCGGCAGCUUGGCGAGGCCUGGAGCUGCAGGCCCCCACCGCCGACAGCAGCUCUUCCCUCGGGGCUGCGAGCCCCGAGCCCCCCGACCUGCAGCGAGAGCACUACGAUGAAAGCCCCCCAGGGCGCACCGCGGAGCCCGAGAUGCUCAGCACCGAGCCUGACCCUCAAGGUCUGUGCUUGCUGGGACCCUGCGAAGACCCUGCGGGAGGCCCCGGCACGAGCUUCUUCGACCCCGGGGUCACAGGGGGCUCUCAGGGCCCCCAGAGCAGAAGGACAGAGGACAGGGCCAGGGCAGGCCGGGGUACAGGCCGGGCCCGGCACGCCAAGGCUGGAGGGGGGCCCUACAAGUGCAGGGCCUGCUUCCAGCGCUUCCGCGGCCCGGGAGAGCUGGACCUGCACAGGCUGGCCCACAGCCCCUCGCCGCCCCCCACCUGCUACAUGUGCGUGGAGCGCAGAUUCGGCUCGCGGGAGCUGCUGCGGGAGCACCUGCAGGAGAAGCACGCGCAGAGCAAGACGGGGCGCUGGGCCUGCGGCAUGUGCCUGAGGGAGGCCUUGGACGUGUGGGUGCACAACGAGCACCUUCGAGAGCACGCCCUGCGGUUCGCCCGCAGGGGCCAGGCACGGAGGCCCCUGGGGGGCCUGCCUGGGUGCUGGGAGGCGGACGGCAGGGGCACAGACUGCCUGGGCGGCCCCUCGGGGCGGGCGUCCACACCCCACAGGGGCAAGCUCUCGGAGGGCAGGGCCAACGCAGGCGCCACAGACGCGCCGCGGCAGGAGACGGGGGCGGGCAGAGCAGUCCCCAGCCAGAGGGCGAGGCCCAAGGCCCGGGGCUCAGACCGAGAUGGCGCCCGGAGCCCCGACGGUGCGCUGGCCCACGGCAGCCCUGCGGCCUGCGCCAGCCCCACGCCGCCGGGCAGCUCUGCCCCUCUCUCCGGCUCUGCCGAGACGCCCCCCGGCCCGGGUCCCGGGCCCCAGAUCGACGGCGAGACCCUGCUCCGAGCCGCGCGCGUGCACGGGGACUGCAGGGACCCCUCCCGCGACUGCCACCACUGCGGGAAGCGGUUCCCCAAGCCCUUCAAGCUGCAGCGCCACCUGGCGGUGCACAGCCCUCAGCGCGUCUACCUGUGCCCCCAGUGCCCGCGGGUGUACCCUGAGCACCAGGAGCUGCGCGCGCACCUGGCGGGGGCGCACGGGAGGCGCGAGGAGCGGGAGCUGCAGCACACGCCGCUGUACGCCUGCGAGCUCUGCGCCGACGUCACGCUCACCAGCCGGCGGUCCUUCGCCUGCAGCUCCUGCAACUACACGUUCGCCAAGAAGGCACAGUUCGACCGGCACAUGGACAAGCACCUGAGGAGGGGUCAGCAGCCCUUCUCGUUCCGCGGCGUGCGGAGGCCCGGCACCCCCGGGCAGAAGGCGCCGGCCCGAGAGGGCACGAUGCCCAGCAAGCGGCGCAGGGUGGCCGUGCCCAGCAGUGCCACAGAGCCCAGCAUGAACAGGCCCCCGGCCCCAGGCAGCGAGGGAUCCCCCUCAUCCCAGCUGCAGCCCUGCCUGGAGGCAGCUCCCAGGACCCCAGAGAGGCCGGUAGGUCCUGUGGGCCACCCAGUCUCAGGGGGCAGUCCGCCCUCUGACCUCCCGGACCUCCUGCCCCCGUCUCUGUCUCCUUUCCCCGCAGCCUUGGCUGAUGACAAAGAUGUCCAGAAGCCGGACAGGAACACCCUGGAGGGCUCCGAGGGUGAGGCUUCCCCGGGCAGACCUGGGCCUCUUCUCCAACAGAUUCUCCCACUCGGGGGGUCCCUGCCCCGGCCAGGGGCCAGACACCAGGAUGAAGAGGAAAGAAGGGCUGCUGGCCCAUUCUCAGGGAAACGCAGGACCCCAAGUGCCCGUGGCCAUACCCCAGAAGCCCCCUCCCCGCUGCGGAAGGAGAAGCAGGUACCCACGUGCCACAUGGCACCUGAGGCGGGCAAGGGGGGCCCCUCCCACAAGGGCAGUGCUACCAAGCCAGGGGGGUGCCAGAGUUCAUCAAAGGACAGGUCAGCCUUGUCCACCCCCAGCAAAGCACCCAAGUUCCCUGUGCAACCAAAGAAGGCUGUGGCCAGCCCCACUGCUAGAGAGCUAGCCCACGGCAUCGAGGACAGGCCAAAGCCCACCACCCCCAGAGCCAAGCCAGGCCCCAGCUCCCAUGGCGGUGGAGGCCCCCUGCACAGCACCAAGACAGCAGGUGGCAGCCACCCUGGGCCAGCCGGCGGGCAGCUGCAAAGCGAGACAGCCACCACCCCAGCCAAGCCCACCUGCCCAGGCCGGGGCUCUGCCCCAGCCAGGGGCCACCCCAAGGGGCCAAGGAAUGCCGGUGGCCAGGGGCCCCGAGGAAGCCUAGGCCCCCAGGAUGAUGGAGAGGUCAGUCAGAAGAAGAAAAAGGGCCGGGCCCCAGGGCCAACCAGGAGCGAAAGUGUGAGGAGCUUGGGGAGAGUCCACCUGGUCCCUGAGAAGCCCCCCCGGCUCCCCCGAAAGCAGGCGACUCCCAGCCGCGUGCCCCCAGCCAGGCCCAGGCCCAGUAGACAGACCAGCCCAUUGCCACCCCAGCCCUCGGAGCAGCAGAGGGCGGAGCCCAGCCACACCCACGGGGACUUCAAACACAGCAGGGAGGGGCUGGGCAAAGCCGUACCCCAGGCAAGACCCCCCCACAGACCCCCCAAGAGGGGCAGAGCUGUCCACGGUGCUGAGCCUGCCAACCCACGCACCUGCCGCACUGCCGCGUCCCAGAGUGACCUCCUCAGCCAGCUCUUCGGGCAGAGACUGACCAGCUUCAAGAUUCCUUUAAAGAAAGAUCCCCCUGAGUAAUUUAUAGGAGCAGGCAAGUAUCUGGGAGCAGGGCUGGAGGAUGACCCAGCAAACGGGAGCUCCUGUCCACACUGGCAGGGCUCAGCCCUCCAGGAGUAUGUGCCUCGUGGCCACCUGACUUAUGCCAAUGCUCAGACUUUGGUGCUGGAGCUGAGCCUAGUGCCCUGAGCAGGGCCUGGGGGGGACACCAUCCCCUUCUAGCUGGGAGGGGAGGGGGAGGGGAAAGCCAACUGCAGCCCUUUUGAGGGCAGGUGGGUGUUUCGUCUGUACUGAGAACUUAGGAGAGAACAGCUCAGCACCACCGCCGCCCAUGUGCCCCAUUGGCACAGAGCCCCUCAUCUGAAGGUUUGCACAGGGUCACCCUCCAUGUCAUUGGCAGGAAAGUAAGGUGAGGCAGCUGCUGGACGGAUGGCAGUGGGCUCCCUCUCUGUGUUGUCGCUGCUGUUGCUGGAACCCCAAAAUGACCUUAGACGCCAAAUCAGGGGCAGCUGUUUGGGAGAUGCCGACCCCCCUUCUCUGACCACAGGGCCACUUUCCAUGCCACUGACAGAAACACCAGUCUGCAGUGCGCCUUGACCCCUGGGGACCCGGUCUCCCCCGCACACACACCUCUGCCGUUAACCUUUCUGGAGCCUUGCUCCUACACGGAGCCCUCAGCUGCAAGUAUCCGCAAUUACACUCUGAAGUUUCCGGUGCUAUUUUCAUGUUGCAAUGUGAAUACAGGCUGCCCUGGUUUGAUUUACCUAGGAGACUGGGCGGGCAGGUGGGGUCGGGAGGCCCAUGGGCACCAGCAGCCAGCCCAGGGCUCUCGCCGGGUCCCCGGCCACCGUGGAGCAGCCCCAUGGCACACUCGGGUGUGGCACUGCCGCCUGGUCAGGGAGGCCUCUCGUCCUGAUGGCCCAGGGAUCUGGGCUUUUCCAUGUUUUCGAAGGGGAAGGAGGGUGGGAGGUCUCCUUUGGUUACUCUGAGGCUCGUGGUUGUUUCGUUCUGUUUCUUGCUUUUUUACCUUGAGUGCAAUGUGUACGUCAAAGGUUUUUAUUUUGAUUUUUCAGAAGAGACUAAAUAGGGCCCAAAUCGCCAUUCUGGAAGGUGUUGGUGCCACUCAGAUUGCCUCUUUAGUGCUGAUGAAUAAAACAUGGGGAACUCUGACAUUGUACAAAC